ACUGGAGAGGAAUCAGUGAAUGUAAUGAAACUUCACUGAGCAUUAGAAAAUUUAUACAAGAGAGAAACCUUUGAGUAUACUGAAUAUGAUAAAGUUUUCUCUUGAAUCUCAUUUCUUACUCUACAUUUGAAAGGUAAAAUGGUAAAAAUCUUAUAAAUAUAAGAAAUGUGGAAAAAUCUUAAGCCAAAAGUAAAUCCUCAUUCAUCAAAAAAUUCAUACUGGAGAGAAACCUUGUGAAUGUGGGUAAGCUUCCAUUCAGAUGUCAAACCUCAGUCAAAAGAGAAUUUAUAGUGGGGGAAACCCCUUUGUCUGUAAGGUAUGCGGGAAGGUUUUCAGCCACAAAUCAAACCUCACUGAGCAUGAACAUUUUCAUACUAGAAAGAAACCUUUUGAAUGUAAUGAAUGUGGAAAAGCCUUUAGCCAAAAGCAGUGUGUCAUUAAACAUCAGAACACUCAUACUGGAGAGAAGCUUUUUGAAUGUAAUGAAUGUGGAAAAUCCUUCAGCCAGAAGGAAAACCUCCUUACCCAUCAGAAGAUUCACACUGGUGAGAAGCCAUUUGAGUGUAAGGAUUGUGGAAAAGCUUUCAUUCAAAAGUCAAACCUCAUCAGACACCAGAGAACUCACACAGGCGAGAAGCCCUUUGUAUGUAAGGAAUGUGGGAAAACCUUCAGUGGCAAAUCAAACCUUACUGAGCAUGAGAAAAUUCAUAUUGGAGAGAAACCCUUUAAAUGCAGUGAAUGUGGCACAGCUUUUGGCCAGAAGAAGUACCUCAUAAAACAUCAAAACAUUCACACUGGAGAGAAACCCUAUGAAUGUAAUGAAUGUGGAAAAGCCUUCUCUCAGCGAACAUCGCUUAUUGUACAUGUGAGAAUUCAUUCAGGUGAUAAACCUUAUGAAUGCAAUGUAUGUGGAAAAGCCUUCUCUCAAAGCUCAUCCCUUACGGUGCAUGUGAGAAGCCAUACAGGUGAGAAACCUUAUGGCUGUAAUGAAUGUGGGAAAGCCUUCUCUCAGUUUUCAACUCUUGCUCUACAUUUGAGAAUACACACAGGCAAGAAGCCUUAUCAGUGUAGUGAAUGUGGGAAAGCUUUCAGCCAGAAGUCACACCACAUUAGACACCAGAAAAUUCAUACACAUUAAAAACCCUAAGAAUACCUUUAAGGUGUGAAAUUUUUUGUUGUGAAUUUAUAUCUCACAGCACAUCAGAAAUAACCAUUCUGAAUCAAAGCAUCCUGAAUGAGGAAAAUAAAAGCUAAAAACUUAUGGGACACCAGAUGUUACAACGUACUGAAGAGGACAUUUUGUGACCAACAAAAAACCUAUAGCAAACAGCAAUGGUAAUGCUGAAACUUUAGAAGCAUUUCCACUAAAAUUGGUGAAGAAGAAACAUCAUUGCUAUCAGCAUAGAUCUGGAGAUCCUAACCAAUGUUAUAUAUAAAACAUUGUGUUGUGUUGGAAAGCAAGAGACAGUACUAGAUAUCAUCUACAAAUAAUAUAAAAUUCUUGUGGUAUUGAUGCGGCAGAAAAGAAGUGAGCCCAGAAACAGACUCACACACUUAUUAGAAUUUGGAAUAUUAUAGAAAUGGCAUCAGAAAAUGAUGAAGUUAUGGGACUAUUUUAAAAAUAGUUUGAAGUUAUUUUGUUGUCCAGGGAAGCGAUAAACCAUAUACAAAAGUAAAAUGCAAAGGGGUUAAAAACAAGAAUAUGAAAAAGCUAUAUACUUAAACAAUCUUGAGAUUAGGAGAGCGUUACUUCAAACAAAUCCAAAAUGCUUAGCAAUUCUCUGAGUAUAUACUCAGGAACUAUGUAUCAGGAGGAUAUUUACUGUGGCAUGAUUUGUAAUAGCCAAAAAUUGGAAACAAAUACCCAUCAGGAAUGAAAUGGAAAAUUCUUGUGAUGGAAUACUG